AUGCAUUUCCAAAAGCUUGCAAUCCUUGCCCUGAGUGGCCUGGCCGUGGCUCACCCUGGGUCCCACGAGCACGGCUCGUACUCAGUUGCCUCGAAGAGACAUUUCCUUCACAACGCGCGCCGCAGCCUCGACCUCUGCGCGAAUCACCUCGACAAGCGCGGCAUCAACGAGCGUGCUAAGGUCCGCCGUGCUUCCAUUGUCGAGGCAAAUAAAAAGCGAACUGUUCUCGCCCGUGAUCUGGAGAAGGUCGUCAACACUUCGCACCACUCCACCCUGGACGUGACCUCGAGCACCUCCGAGACUGAGCUCUUCAAUGCGAACCCAACUUGCAUCCUCGCUCCCGAAGGAGAGGUCGGCCCCUUCUGGGUCAGCGGAGAACUGAUCCGGAAGGACAUUCGUGACGACGAGCCAGGCAUUCAAUUGAUCCUCGACGCCCAAUUUAUCGACAUCAACACCUGCGAGCCCAUCGAGGACCUAUACUGGGAUGUGUGGAACUGUAAUGCCACUGGUGUCUACUCCGGCGUGCAGAGCAGCAUGAAUGGAAACGGCAACGAUGCGUCCAACCUGAACAAGACCUUUGCUCGUGGACUCCAGAAGACCGACUCGGAGGGCGUGGCCCAAUUUAACACUCUCUUCCCUGGCCACUACUCCGGCCGUGCCACCCACAUCCAUGUUAUUGCCCACACCCAAGCCCAUGUUCUGUCUAACAACACCCUCACUGGUGGGCAGAUCUCGCAUAUCGGUCAGCUUUUCUUCGACCAAGACCUCAUUACCAAGGUGGAGGCUACCUCUCCUUAUAAUGAGAACACCGUUGCCAUCACCCAGAAUGCGAAUGAUCACGUCGUCCAGGUCGAGACUGCGAACUCCGACUCAGAUCCUUUUUUCGAGUACACUCUGCUUGGCGAUACCGUUGAGGAUGGAAUCUUCGGCUGGAUCACUCUGGGCAUCAACACCAGCGCUAGCCACGACUCGGAUGCUUCAUAUGCUGCAACCCUUACUGCCAACGGUGGUGUGUCUAACUCCAACUCGGGUAGCAUGUUCUAA